UAGCAGUUUGCCAUCUCUGCUUAAUAGUGAGCAACUUCAGAGUAGUUGUAUACAUUAGAAAUAUAAACAUGGCAUCGUUUAUUGGUUUUUCUCGACUUUUAUCAUUUGGAAUAAAUAAUUGUGUAAAAAAGUUUAACAGUAAUUUACUUUCCACACAAAACUCGUCAGUUCACAGAUUAGGAAAUACAGAAAUUGUUAGAUUAAAACAUUAUUUACCAUGGUUUGUGGAUCGUGUAGAAUAUAAACCAGUGGUACCCAAUCUAACAAGUGAAGACGAACAACUUGCAGAUGAUGUAAUAGCUGAAAUUAACAAACAAGUUGCAACUGAGAAAGCAGGUCGACUUUUUGCAGUGGUUCACGUUUGUGGAAAACAAUUUAAAGUAACAACAAAUGAUAUUAUUGUUAUACAAGGUUAUUGGCCACCAAGUGCGGGAGAUGAAUUGAGACUUGAAAAAGUUUUACUUGUUGGUAGUAGUGAUUUUACUCUCAUUGGACGACCAAUUCUUAAUAAUGAAUUGGUGAAUGUUGAGGCGACAGUUAUUGAAAAAACAUUUUCAUCAACAAAAACAAUAUUUAAAUUUAAACCAAGGAAACAGUAUCGUAGAAUUAAUUUUACAAGAGAACAACAAACAAUGUUGAGGAUAAAGUCGAUAAAUGUCAUUGGAAAAGUGGGAGAGAAAAAGGAAGUCGAGGGUCUUGAAAAAGUCUUUUAGUUAUUAAAUAUCCUGUAUAGAAAUCCAAUUUAUAAUGUCUUUCCGACUUACAACACUAAUUGUAAAAAAUAGUGGAAAAAUUCGUGGAGAAGUUUUAUAAAUUUGAAUGAAAUUUCGUUGUGAUUUGAAGGAAAAAAAGUGAAAUCGAAUUUUUUUUUUUUUGCAUAAAUAGUCAGCUUAUGUAUUCAAAAGUAUGUUGAAAAAGUUUUUACAGCGAAAUUCGGUGUCCUUUCAGUGCUACAGGCAAUGAAUGAAGCUUGCUCCAAGUAGCGAAGCAGGUUAGUAAUGGCUUCGCUGAGGAAGUCCCUUUUUGAAUUUAUGAUUUGACUUAUGAAGAAGAUAAAGGACUAAUGUAUGGUGCAGGAAUAGUAGAUUAAAGUGUAAGCACUUUAAAUGGUUUUUUUCUUAUCAUUAUUUUCAAAUUUUCGAUACUUUUUUCAAACGCUUUCUCCAAACAGGAUUUUUUGCUUUUAGAUCAAAUUUGUGGACUCCACCUUGCACAGCAAUCAUAAACUCAGACGGCACAGCUCCAGGUUUAAUGGCUGCUAACUUGGAAUGUUUUUAAUAAAAAUGCUUAAAAAUAAAUUGUGAGACACAGAUAAAUAUAUGUGCAACAUAAUGUCA